AUAUGUUCAUGGUGUUUGAAGAAAUCGAUGGAGAUGAUGAUAUAAGGGAGGAAUUUCCAUGCCCAUUUUGCUCAGAGUACUUUGAUAUUGUUGGCUUGUGUUGCCACAUUGAUGAUGAGCAUCCUGUAGAGGCAAAGAAUGGGGUUUGUCCAGUUUGUUCAAUGAGGGUGGGGGUUGAUAUGGUUGCACACAUAACUCUACAACAUGGAAAUAUAUUUAAAAUGCAGCGCAAGAGGAAAUCACGUAAGGGUGGAUCUCAUUCUACUCUUUCUUUGUUGAGGAAAGAACUGCGGGAGGGAACUCUACAGUCCCUUUUUGGGGGUUCUUGUAUGGUUUCCUCAUCCAAUGCAGCACCAGAUCCAUUAUUAUCUUCGUUUAUCUUGCCUGUGUCUGAUGAUUCUGUUAGUAUCCAGUCUCACCUAUCUUCUGCAACAAACUCAGCCAAGAAAAGCUCUAUUGAGAAGGCUUCACAACAAAAUGUCCUGUCGACUCCUGUGUCCCUUAAGGAUCGGGAAGAGAAGGCGAAAAGGUCAGAGUUUGUUCAAGGUUUGUUGUUGUCCACCAUUCUUGAUGAUAUUUUAUGAAGAGAAAACCAUGGUGGAUAAUGAUGCACCGAUGGUGUUGAAAUUUACAGCCACAGAACCCCGCCUGCAGUCUAUGGUUUGUCUGUAGUAAUAUGCCUAUGUAUUAAGCAGAGAGUGUUGAAUAAGGUGAGGUAGGAGUGUAAUUUAUGUUGCAGGAGUAUGUUUCUCAUUAGGCCUGAACUGACUUCGAUGUCAGCUUUUAAUCUGCGGAUAAUAUAAUUUAAAAAUGAAGGAGUAAAAGGAAAAUAAUUUCAUCCCA